AUGCAGUGCGAGGACUUUGGGCGCUGCGUAAUGGGGGGCCACGCCCAAGGACUGACUGGGGAGUGUCCGGGUCGUGCGCGCGCCUCCGAGGAGAGGACGUCGGUGCUGUGGCAGGGCCUCGCGCUUCCCCAGAAGGGGGGCGGCGAGGCGCUGCUCGGACGGUAUGUGCGGCCCGCGGCCCCUCGCGCGGCCCCUGCCUGCCGGCCGUCCUGCAGGUGCGGCCCGCGAGGGGCCUCGCCGCCCGCGCGCCCCGGGGCGGCCUCGACGCGCGCCGCGAGCAGGCCGUCGGAGGAGGAGAAGGCGUAG